AAAUUUGAUGCACAAUAAAUCAGCGCCAUUGGACAAGGAAAUUUUGCAAGAAAAAUCGGAGAUAUAAACAAAUUUAACGAAGAAAAUUAAUUCAAAACAAAAAAAUGACAGAAGGUGACCAAACUUACACAGUAUUUAAUACAGACAACCAACAGACAGUAACAGUAGCCAUGCCUGAUGAUCAACAACAAGCAGGAAUUCAGUACAUUACACAAGAUGGAGUACAAUUGUCACAAAUUUCUCAAGCUGAGACCACAGAUAAUCAGAAUGUUAUAUACUCAUCAAUGUCAACAGCAGGCUUUACUACACCAGCAUCACAGGUGAUGACAAACAUGGGGCAGACAACUCAAAAUCAAACAAUGGUUGUCCAAACUCCACAAGGUCAAAGUUCAGUACAAACCGUUGGAGUACCACAGAUGUUGUUUUUAAAUCAAGUCACCUUGAAUGGUCAAACAUCUUUUGUAUUGGUAGAUGCUAAUAACAAACCAGUACAGUUACCUCAAGGUAUACAAGUGAUAAACUUACCAACAAAUCAAAUGAAUCAACAGCUGCCUGUGUCAAAUGAUUCUGGUGAAGAGCCAUUGUAUGUUAAUGCUAAACAGUAUCACAGAAUAUUGAAGAGAAGACAAGCGAGGGCCAAGUUAGAAGCAUUAGGACGAAUACCUAAAGAAAGACAAAAAUACCUGUAUGAAUCUCGACAUCGACAUGCUCUGAACAGACAGCGAGGGUCUGGUGGUGUAUUUAUUAAAGGUGGUAAACAUGCCAAUUCAGAAGAAGAUGAACUUAAACAAAAGAAUGGAAACACCCGAGGAGGUUCCCGCCCAGCUACGCCAUCUUUUCCACAGCCAGUACCUAUUGCCAUUGCUCCAUCUACAGGCAUGUCAGCAUCAUCAGAAAUAAAUAUGGCUUCAUACGCUACAGCAAUUAACAAUCAGUUACAGGCAGCAUUCUCAAGUGUAGCUGGACAAUCGAUUCAACUGAAUACAUCGAACAUACAAGUAUCUGCUAAUGGUGCCGCAAAUAUACUCAAUUCUUUGUCAGGAACAUAAACUUGCUGUCUAAAUAUUUACAUUUGUAUAUAAUUUUUAUGUCUUUAUUAAAGGUAGUGUCCAUACACAAAUGUA